UGUGACAUCGUGACGUUGACGGUUUCACUCUCAUUUUAUCAUCCAAUCAUUCGUUCAUUAACAGGAUAGCUAACCGUUAAUAAGUCCAACCUAAAAUGGAUAUUCAGCGAUUUUUAAAACGUACUUCUUCAACUACAGCAGUUGAACGAGAGCCGCCCGGGCCUUCCUGUGAUUCGAAUCAGGAAACACCCGGGACCAGGUCCCGAACAGCGAGCCCAGCUAACUGCGCACCGGUGCCGCCACCGGGCUAAUUAGCGAGCUUGGCCACAGCUGAGCCACCACCAAACUCUCAUUAACUCUGCGGCGUUUACUUCUGCACCAGGAGAGCAGAGCUCCUCCACCGUCUCCCUCCUCCGUCAGUCUCCUCUCCUCUCCUCCACAGCAGCCUCAGCAGCUUCAUCAUGGAUGUUUGGACUCAAAGAGUCCCUGGGAUUAUCACCAUCACCAUCAUCACUCAGGUGACGCUGCUUCUCUGCAGCUCCUACCGGACAAGAGCACAAGACGUGUGUGACAGCCCGCUGGUGUCCAACCUGCCGCCGUCGUCCUUCAGGAGCUCGUCCCAGCUGUCCGGCAGCCACGCUCCAGGGUUCGCCAAACUGAACAGGAGAGAAGGAGCUGGAGGUUGGUCUCCUCUCACCUCAGACAGGUACCAGUGGUUGGAGGUGGACCUGGGUGAGAGGACCAGGAUCACGGCCGUGGCCACCCAGGGGCGCUACGGCAGCUCUGAUUGGCUGAGGUCGUACCUGCUGAUGUUCAGUGACACGGGACACAACUGGAAGCAGUACAGACAGGAGGACAGUCUCGGGGCUUUUCCAGGGAACAGUAACGCUGACAGUGUGGUUCAGUACAAGCUGCAGCAGCCGGCGGUGGCUCGAUUCCUCCGCCUCCUCCCCCUGGACUGGAAUCUCAGCGGGCGGAUCGGACUCCGACUGGAGGCCUACGGAUGUCCCUACACCUCUGAUGUGGUGAGUCUCAACAGUGACAGCAGUGGUCUGAUACACCGAGCCAGUGCCGGAUCACGGACCUCGUCUACGGACGUUCUGUCGGUCAAGUUUAAAACCAGGAGGAAUGCUGGGAGUCUGCUCCUGGCUGAGGGACAGCGAGGGCUGGGUCUGAGUCUGGAGCUGCAGAGAGGAACGCUGCAGCUGCUGAUCAACAAAGGAGGAACGUCCUCGUCCGACUCUCGACUCCUGGUCUCCAUGGGCAGCCUCUUGGAUGACCAACACUGGCACCACGUGGCACUGGAGAGACGAGGCUCGCGCCUCAACCUCACCGUGGACACACACACAGAGAGGGUUCAAAUCCCCGCAGAGUUCAACCACUGGGACAUCGAACAGCUGAGUGUGGGGGCCGUCCAGAGCCACACCUCCCACAGGUCCGUCAUCCACACCCGGAACUUCCAAGGCUGCCUGGAAAACCUGCGGUUCAACGGGCUGAACCUGUUGGAAAGAGCCGAACAAAACGACGAACAAACAACACUAACGGGCAACGUGACCUUUUCCUGUGUUGAACCAGUUUCCGUGGCCGUGACCUUCCCCGGCCCCCAGAGUUUCCUCCAGUUACCUGCGGAGGCAGCGUCCCUCUCAGGAGGUCUUUCCGUGACAUUCCAGUUCAGGACAUGGAACGAGGCCGGGCUCCUGCUGACCUUUGACCUCCUGAGUGAAGGUGGCGUCGUGUGGCUGUACCUGAGUGAGGCCCGGCUGCGGCUCCAGAUACACAAGACCGGGAGAGCCGUGCUGGAGCUGAGUGCAGGUUCUUCCCUGAAUGAUGGACAGUGGCAUUCCGUGGAGAUCAUCUCCAGAGGGGGGCGCCUGACCAUCGCUGCAGACAGAGGAGAAGGAGGCAGUGCACAUGCCAGCCUCACGUUCCCAGUUUCAGCUGGAAGUCCUCUCUUCUUUGGAGGUGAGACUGAAACACGGCGGUACGACGGUCAGGGCUGCAGAAACCCCUUUCAUGUCUUCCAGGGCUGCAUGCGUCUGUUCUCUGUGGAGCAGCGGGAGGUGGAUCUGAUCAAAGUGCAGCAGAAACUGACGGGAAACUACAGCAACGUCCACAUCGACAUGUGUGGAAUCAUCGACAGGUGUUCUCCCAGUCCAUGUGAACACGGAGGACGCUGCACUCAGACCUGGACCGUCUUCCACUGCAACUGCUCCGACAGCGGCUACAGCGGCGCCCCCGCCCACAGAUCCGUCUACCAACAGUCCUGCGAGGCGUACAAACACAACGGCAACACGUCGGGACAUUAUCACAUCGACGUGGACGGCAGUGGACCAAUCAGACCGCAGCUGGUCUACUGCAACAUGACAGAGGGCGACACGUGGAUGGUGAUCCAACACAACAACACAGAACGGACCAGGAUCCGACCGUCUCCGAGUGGGAACCUUUACUCCGUUCACCUUGACUACAUGACUGAAGAGGAGCAGCUCAUGGCUGUCAUCAGCCAAUCAGAGCACUGCCAACAGGAACUGUCCUACCGCUGCCGCAGGUCCCGCCUCCUCAACACCCCAGAGGGCUCUCCCUUCAGCUGGUGGCUGGGCGGCCGCGGGUCUGGUCGUCUGCAGACCUACUGGGGUGGAGCCCAGCCGGGCAGCCGACAGUGUGCGUGUGGGCUGCAGGGCGACUGCGUGGACCCACACCACUACUGUAACUGUGAUGCAGACCGCAUGGACUGGACUGAGGACUCAGGUCUGCUCACCCACAAAGAGAGCCUCCCAGUCAGGUCCCUGGUUCUGGGUGACCUUCAGAGACCGGGGUCAGAAGCCGUCUACCGUGUUGGACCGCUCCUCCAUGGAGACAAAAGCCUGUGGAACGCUGCUUUUUUCGACAAGGAGACGUCGUACCUCCACUUCCCCACCUUCCACGGAGAGCUGAGCGCCGACAUUUCCUUCCUCUUUAAAACCACCGCCUCCUCCGGUGUGUUCCUGGAGAACCUGGGCAUUAAAGAUUUCAUACGGAUUGAACUGAGCUCCUCCACUCAGGUGCUGUUUUCCUUCGACGUUGGCAAUGGACCACUGGAGGUUCAGGUGGAAGCUGCAGUCCCUCUGAAUGACAACAGGUGGCACAUGGUCCGAGCAGAGCGGAACAUCAAGGAGGCCUCGCUCCGAUUGGACGACCUUCCUGCAGCCACACAGGAAGCUCCUGCUGACGGACACUUCCACCUGCAGCUCAACAGCCAGCUCUUCAUAGGGGGCACUGCGUCCAGGCAGAAGGGCUUCAGGGGCUGCAUCCGCUCUCUGCAGCUGAACGGCGUCACCCUGGACCUGGAGGAGAGGGCGAACAUCACACCCGGGGUUCGACCGGGCUGUCCGGGUCACUGCAGCAGCUACGGCUUUCUGUGCCAGAACCGGGGAGGAUGUGAGGAGAAAGCCAACGGCUUCUACUGUGACUGUGGACGGUCUGCUCACACUGGGGUCUUCUGUCAAACAGAGGUGUCGGCCACCUUCAAGUCCACCACGUCUGUCAGCUACACCUUCAGAGAGCCGUACGAGGUGGUGAGGAACAGCAGCUCGCCGCCGUCCUCCAUCUAUUCUGAGGCGACACUAAGAGGAGAGAACAUCUCCCUGAGCUUCAGGACCAACCAGAGUCCAGCUCUGCUGCUCUACGUCAGCUCCUACUCCAGGGAGUACCUGGCUCUGCUCAUCAACAAACAUGAUAAGCUGGAGGUGAGGUACAAGCUGGACAGCAGCAGAGAAGCAGAGGUCGUGAGGUCCAGAGUCAGGACUUUGGCCAACGGACAACUGCACACUGUGACUGUCAGGAGGCGGAGCCUGUCUGUGACCGUCCAGAUCGAUCAGAACCACACGGACGACUUCAACCUGACGUACGACGCAGAAUUCAACGCCAUCAAGUCCCUGAUGUUGGGCAGAGUGGAAGACUCCGAGGACCUGGAUCCAGACCUGGCCCGUCUGGGCUCCCUGGGCUUCUCCGGCUGUCUCUCCGUGGUCAGCUUUAACUCCGUCAGUCCUCUGAAGGCCGCCCUGCUCCACCCGGACACCAGCCCCGUCUCCGUCAGUGGACCUCUGCUCCAGUCCAGCUGCGGUUCCUCUGCCUCGGCCAAUCCGUACGCAGCGGAGAACAAACACCACCUGUCAGACCAGUCUGGUUCAGUGGGUUCAGGUCAACCUUUAGUAAAUGCCAUCAGGACUGAGUCGGCACUGAUUGGAGGUGUGAUAGCGCUGGUCAUCUUCGUGGUGGUGACCGGCCUGGCCGUCACCGCCCGCUUCCUCUACAGGCGAAAAGAGACGUAUCGAAGUCAGGAGGUGAAAGGAGUGAAGCAGGAGGAGAUCCCAGAAUUCCCCUUCAACAACCAGACCUGCUCCCAGACCGUGUCCGGUGAAAGCCAGAAGGAGUAUUUCAUCUGA